AGACAAAACCUUCUUUAAACCAAAUCCAAUGUGAUGGAAGGGUGACUUUGAGCUUGAAAGCCACUGGGAGCUGAAACAGAAUGACUUCCAAAUUGAAAAAGCAAAUUCUGCCUGUCCUGCUCACCACAGACCUACCCCCUCUGCAAGGAAUUGCUGUUUUUUUUGCCUGGAUGUUUUCUUCAUGUAUAAAUAAAGAUUAUGAAAGGGCAUUUGAUGGGCAUAAAAUUCCCGAUUAGAUUGGACAGUCUUGCUGUGAGAGUGGGAUAGGGAGAAUUAGACAUACGAGUUUCCGGGAGCUGCCCUGGCCGCGUUGCAAAGGGAUAACAGUGCUGAAGCACCAGGCUGGCGUCAGGGCGCCUGCCGAGAGUAUGCAGCGGGCACUUCGUCCAGCCCUGGGCACGCUUAAUGGUGGUGGCAAGGAUCAUGAUUUCCACCUUGUGGGAAAGCAAUUUUUGGGUUGCUGGUCAGUGGCUGUUAAGUUUGAACAGGACCUUAGCAGACUAGAGUCCAAAGUUGGGUGUGUUUUUCCCCUGCCUUCCUCACCCCCCUAUCCCCAAUCUUAAAAACAGCCACUCCUGCCUAAAGGUAAUGUUUAAACCUCCGGCUUCACCAGCCGGCAUCCCGCAGCCGGAGCAGUUACAGGCGCCAGGCUUUUAACCUGACAAUGAUGUUGUAUUUGAACAGCUGCGGAAAGGUUUAAAAGGUCUGUCUCAUUGCCACCGCGGAGUUUUUUAAAAGGGGUUAUUGUUUGGGCGAGGGCACUGCAAGGGGACAGGCGAAGCGGUCCCAAGGCCGAAAUAAUGUCCAGCGCCUCUUUUCACCAGGCCAGGGGAGAUUCCUUUUGGUGUGGGGGGCACAAAGGGUUUGUUGAAAAAGGUUUUUGUGAAGAAGCGAGCAGGCUUCUAGGUCCCCCAGAAUGCUGAGGCGCUCUAAGGAACAUUGGGCUCCAGAGAAAUGUUCUGCUGAGGUAGAAACCUAAUUUACCCUGAAGUUCAGUCUCUGGGCCUGAAAUCCAAGGCCAGCCCAUGACUUGGUGAGUGCGGGGAAAAGAAAACACGGAUUCCUUCUGCACAGAGAACUGGUUCGUGAUCAGAGCUUCCGGGGCCCCUUUCCUCUCUCAGACGCAGGAAAGGGAUCUGGGAAACCAGGGGACGGCUCCAAUGCCCUGGCCCAGCCCCUCGCCCAGGGCAAGCCUUUGGAAAUCAAGGUUAAAGCUCCCUGCUGCUGCCCCGAGGCUGGGGCUUCCUAAGGGCUGCUCACCGCCUGCAACCACAGAGUGAGGAAGGAAGUUGUUGAAGUUCCUCAUAAAACUGAGUUUCCAUGGUGGUGAUGGUGGUCGCUCUUUAAUGAGCUCGACCACAACGCCAGACCAGAUCCUCUUUAUAGAACUUUCCCUCACCAAAGGAAACAGGACUAAAUUCCUCCACCUCCUUUUUUUCUCCCUCCCUUUACCCAUGCAAAACUGUGUCACAUAAUUUUAGAAAUUGUCCAGAACUAUAAAGCUCAACUUGUGGCAAAAGUAUAGCUUUUAAUAUUUGACAAUUUGUGUUAAAACAAAAAUUGACCUUCUUGGUUAGUAGUGAAGGGGAAAAAUCAAUAGCAUAAUUUUCAAUAAUUCAUAAAGCGAAUGCCAUUAUGCUAAAUCUUAACUAUUAAUCUUAUCCUUUACAAAGUCUCGAUUGAUUUGUUAAUAAAAUAUCUUCCCAUGUGUGGCAACAGCGGGUAUAACUCUUUAAAAACCUUCAGAAGCAAGAAAAUUACCAAGUAGCCCAAGAAUGUAGAUGAGAAUUUUAUUGAUCGUCCUGAUUCUUCUUAAUAUGUAUUAAUAAAUUCCACAACCUUUUGUACCUUGCACUUGUCAGAAACCAAUGCUUUUACAAAAUCCAUAAAAGGAAAACAUAUUUUUCUUUGCAGAAGAACCAAAUGACACCUUUGCAUCUCUUUCUCUUCUGCUUGGCCCAGACAGUUUUCUGAAACUUCUGGAGUGUGAGGCCGAGAGUUUCCUUGAAAAAAUUUUCCCUUUUCCUUGAAAAAAUUAUUUUGUUUCUCCCUUCCUUCCUCUUUGCCCGCUAUUAUCAGAGUGUGUGUGGAAAAGGAAACAUCGGUUUCGUUCUCUCGCUGGAAACCCGAGGGACGCUUUCGCGGAUAGCGAACUGCUGGCUAGGGAUCGUCUCCCGGCUGAAAGCUCCCAGUGGCCCGGCAGCACAGGUCGGGGCGCGGUUCCUCGGAGAGCCGAAGGCUCCGGGCGGCAGCCUUCCGGGGCAAAGAGGGGCCUGAAGCCAGGGCGGGCGGGCCGAGGGAGAGCACAGCGCCGGGGCCGGCCGGGACCUCGGGACUCGGGGCCGGCCAGCUGCGUGGCCUCUCGGCCCUCAUGGCCCUUCUCGCCCCCCGCUCCCUGGGACACCUUGACGGCAUCUCUGCUAGAGCGAUUUUUCCUGUGGACCUGUAGGGUGGGAUGUGUCAGGGCCCGGGUAUCCGACUCACCUUCCCAGGCUGCUCGGGACAAAAUUAACCCGCCCGGGCCCCCGCCCCCCGCCCGGGCCCCGGCCCUCUCGGGCGCGUUCUGCCUGGGUGUGUGCGGGGAAUGCUUCUGUGUGACGGCGCCGGGGCGCUCCGGCUUCCCUGCCCGCGCGUGUCCUGCCGGACGGCCCUCUGGCCGAGCCUUUCCUUCCGCCUGCGGGGCCAGACGCCGGAGCGGGGGACGCGAGUGGCGCGGACGGGCCGAAAGAGCCCUGGCGAGGCGGGCGGGCGGCUGAGAGCGCCGGGCUGGUUGUCUCGAGCGCGCACUAUCUCGGGCGCGUAGUAGAUGUCGCUGUUGUCCGCGCUUACGCGACCGGCCGGCCGGGCUCUGGAGCACGUGACCCGAGAGGAGGCUGCGGCUCAAGGCCAUUUUCAAAUCUCAUUGGCUUGGUUGUCAUGUGGUCGGCAGAGGCAUCCACAAUUACACGGGGAAUGUUUUCCUAGAGAUGUCAGCCUACAAAGGACACAAUCUCUCUUCUUCAAAUUCCUCCCCAAAAUGUCCUUUCCCAACAGCUCUCCUGCUGCUAAUACUUUUUUAGUAGAUUCCUUGAUCAGUGCCUGCAGGAGUGACAGUUUUUAUUCCAGCAGCGCCAGCAUGUACAUGCCACCACCUAGCGCAGACAUGGGGACCUAUGGAAUGCAAACCUGUGGACUGCUCCCGUCUCUGGCCAAAAGAGAAGUGAACCACCAAAAUAUGGGUAUGAAUGUGCAUCCUUAUAUACCUCAAGUAGACAGUUGGACAGACCCGAACAGAUCUUGUCGAAUAGAGCAACCUGUUACACAGCAAGUCCCCACUUGCUCCUUCACCACCAACAUUAAGGAAGAAUCCAAUUGCUGCAUGUAUUCUGAUAAGCGCAACAAACUCAUUUCUGCCGAGGUCCCUUCGUACCAGAGGCUGGUCCCUGAGUCCUGUCCCGUUGAGAACCCCGAGGUUCCUGUCCCUGGAUAUUUUAGACUGAGUCAGACCUACGCCACCGGGAAAACCCAAGAGUACAAUAACAGCCCCGAAGGCAGCUCCACAGUCAUGCUCCAGCUCAACCCUCGCGGCGCGGCCAAGCCGCAGAUCUCGGCCGCCCAGCUGCAGAUGGAAAAGAAGAUGAACGAGCCCUCAAGCGGCCAAGAGCCCACCAAAGUCUCCCAGGUGGAGAGCCCCGAGGCCAAGGGCGGCCUUCCGGAAGAGAGGAGCUGCCUGGCUGAGGUCUCCGUGUCCAGUCCUGAAGUACAGGAGAAGGAAAGCAAAGAGGAAAUCAAGUCUGAUACUCCAACCAGCAAUUGGCUCACUGCAAAGAGUGGCAGAAAGAAGAGGUGCCCUUACACUAAGCACCAAACGCUGGAAUUAGAAAAAGAGUUCUUGUUCAAUAUGUACCUCACCCGCGAGCGCCGCCUAGAGAUCAGUAAGAGCGUUAACCUCACCGACAGGCAGGUCAAGAUUUGGUUUCAAAACCGCCGAAUGAAACUCAAGAAGAUGAGCCGAGAGAACCGGAUCCGAGAAUUGACCGCCAACCUCACCUUCUCUUAGGUCCGAGGCCCGUCAGAGGCCAGGAUCGGAGAGGGCACCGCGUUCCAGGGCCAAAUGCUGGAGGACUGGGAAGGCGGAAACAAAACCUUCAUUGCUCUUUGUUUUUUUGUUUUGUUUUGUUUUGUUUUUCCUGCUAGAUGUGACUUUGGGGUCAUUCUGUUCGUGCUGCAAGUGAUCUGUAAUCCCUGAGUAUAUAUAUAUUAAAAAACUAGCACGUGUUAUUUAUUAUUUUUACAUCGUAAUGCAGGGUAACUAUUACUGCACAUUUUCAUUUGGGUCUUAACUUAUUGAAACUGUAGAGCAUCCAUCAAUCCAUUCAUCUAUCCAGCAAUGUGACUUUUUCAUGUUUUUCCUAACACAAAAGGUCUGUAUGUGUGUGUGUGGUUAGUCCAUGAGCUCAUGGCGUUUUGAAUACAUCCAGUACUUCAAAGUACUAAAAUUACAUAUAUAUUUAAAAAAAAGAUUAAGGAAACUCACAAGCUUUGGGGGGAGGGAAACUAAAAAAGCACAUUACAAUGUAUCUUUUUGCAAAUGAAUUUAGCAAUUGUCUUUGGUGAGAUGAAAUAUUGACGACUUAUGCCUUGUAGCCUUUCCCUUGUGGUGCAUCUGUGGUUUGGUAGAAGUUCAACAGCAACCUGUCCUUUCUGUGCAUGUUCUGGUCGCAUGUAUGAUGCAAUAAACUCUGGAAACGAGUUCGCUCCCUCUGCUUUCUGAAAUGGAAAUAUGUUACAGUGGAAAUGAAGGCCUUUGGUGAGAUUAUCUUCCUGUUAACCUGCUUUUGUUGGGAGCCGGGUGUGACAGACAGGAGGUAAAAGGAGAUGGAAGAGGCUUAGGACACUGAAAUCUGGCAGUGGUGGGGGGAGCGAUAAUGAAGCCUGGGUGUGCUGUUUUCAUAGUUAAGGACAGUCCUCCACUCGCAUGAGAGUAACAUAAUUGAGUUCUCAAUGGGUGUGAGCUUCACUGGAGUCUGAGCCUGGUAAGUCAGUCUGUGCCCAAACUGUUUUUCCCUUGAAGCUCCCUACUGUGUCUUCCUCUCUUUGGUUUUGGUUGUAUUAUUUUUAAUGCUUUCAGUGAGGUCCUGGUGAUUUCUGGAUGGUGUAUCAUCGUCAUGGGCUGGAUUGAAACCAGUCUUGCCCACCUGGAAGCCACUGGGCCUCCAUUACAGGAGCAAACAAGCAGCAGCUUAGCAUUACAUCGGAUCCAGUUCUGUUCCCCUCUCCCUCACACCCCCCCAAUCCCAAGCACAAGAAAGCCAGGUCACAGUGAAGCCGAGGAUGGGUGAGUUUUCCCAUUCCACUUUGCCCUGGUUUCCUUGUAGAAGGAUUUUAUGCUCAGUCAUUACCUUUAAGCGGCCCACAUGAAAUUUUUUAAAGGA